AUGGUAUUGGAGUUAGAGUAAAAGGCCUUUUAAAACGAGAAUCUGGUCAGUCUCAUAGAGCACUCUGUCUAGAAUCAUAUAUUAACAUACAAUUUAAGACUUAAGCAAUAGUAUAAAUUUGCUUCGUUGUAAUAAAGGCAGUUGGCUGCAUAAGGCAAAUUAGGUUAUUCUUUGACUACUGCUCAUGAGCACGGAAUGUUUGAGGAUUUUAAGUCAAGUUUUCAAGAAUAGAUGAAUGAGGACAUUGAAUACAAACUCAGAGAAUUUCAACUUGACAGCAUAAAUCCAGCAGUUGAGGCUGUAGAAAAACUCAAGAAAUCAAGAGAUAGUGUUGAUAGUUAUCAUGUUACGAUGGAACGAAUUGGUGCAUUAGAGAAAUAAUUAAAUAUUCUUGAGGAGACCAAUAAUACUAAAAUUAAUCUGCUAGAUGAAGAUCAUUAGACAUAUAGGAAGAACAUAAUGGAUAUUUAAGAAAAUUUUAAAAAUGAAAUCAAACUACUAAAGAUCGACAAUUUUGAGUAGAAUAAGAAACUUGAUUUGAAAUAUGAGCAACUAUUGUAAAGAAUUCAUCUUCUUGAAACUAAUUAGGGAGAAAUUGCCUCCAAUAAAUCAAAUGUUUCAGGUGAAUCCCUAGUCAAAAAGGUAACGAUUAAAGGGAUUGACCAUAAUCCAAAUACCACACAAAGACUGAUUUUGAAGGUCAAUAAGACAUCACUAGAACAGCUUGAAAAUAGGAUGAAUGAAAUGAAAGACAUAAUGUAGAAAUAUAUCCAAGAGCUAAGCGAAGAUUUGAUAAAAUUAAGGGACUAUGGAUAUAACAACUAAAAACAGUCUGAAGAGCGAUUGAGGUGUGAAAUAGAUGAAUUAUCGAUGACAGUGAGUGCUCUAUACAUUUAAAAAAGUGAAGUCUAAUUGAAAUUCUAAACCUUCUUGGAAAAAGUAAAGUAAAUGGUUAAUUAAGGAAACAUGGAUUUACAAAGAAAGAGUACAGGUGGUAACAGAACUUAAAUGAGUUCAAGAGUGAGAUGCACCUGCAAUAACUAGGAGAUAACCUUGAAUUCUAGGCAUCGAUGCUACAACUGUAAUAGAGACAUUGACGGAAUGUCAGACUUAAAUGACUAAUCACAAGAUUUGGCUAAAGAUAAUAAUGACGAUCUGACAGUAAGAUUGAAAUCUAUCAAUAACUUUGUGGACACUAAUACAUCUAUGAUAAAUUAACCAUAAAGACUCUUUUAAUUCAAUGCAGAUAAAAGUAGACAAAUAUCUGAAUUAGAUUCUGGCUCUAUGCACCGAGUUUCAUUGCCAGUUACUUAAAAUAAUGCUGAAUGGUAAAAUACACUUAAAAAACUUAGGAAAUCUGGGUUCAGGAAUAGAAGUAAGUUGGCUCACAGCACUCUUGAGAGUUCAAUUGAGAAAGUCAUGACAAAUAGAACUCAGAAAAGAAAUAUUGUUCUAGAAAACUACAAUGUUGAAUAAAAAGUACGUUAUCUUUUCUAUAUUAAUUCGUAAAGGUGUUGUUUGAGAAAUUAUAAAUGA